CAACCUGAUGUUUGAUGCUUCUACAAUGAGGUAUUUGAAGCAGUCUCAAAGCUAUUGAGCUUAUUCCCAAGGCUACUUGUUCCCUCAUAGAGACAAGAACAUUUUGAUAGCGAAAACUGUCAAUCUUCACUGAAGAUGCCGACCAGCAUUGUCCCCUCCUCGCUGCCAGGUGGUACGGCACGAGGACAUUACGCCACCAUUCCCUCACCACAAGAUCCCUACCACUAUCAGGUUGGGUUCAACAACAGAUUCGCAUCAGAGGCGUUACCUGGGACACUUCCACUUGGUCGGAACACACCUCAACGAUGCAAAUAUGAUUUGUUCUCUGAACAGCUCAAUGGCACAGCUUUCAUCUCAUCACGUGCCACGCUCCAACAUGCAUGGUUCUAUAGGAUACGACCUUCAGUAGUUCACAGGCCACUGAUGAAGCUAGAGAAAUACGCCGAUCUUGAAGGGAAUUUCUCCUCCGCGAACCCGAAAGUCGAGUAUGCUCCUUUUGGAAAUGUAUGGAAUGAUUUCUCUCUUCCUGAAGAGUCAGCGAAAGUCGAUUUCGUCCAAGGCUUGAAAACAGUUUGUGGCCAUGGAGAAGCGACUUCAAGAGAAGGGCUAGCUAUCCACGUGUACUUGGCCAAUACAUCUAUGACAAACAAAGCUUUCUGUAAUAAUGAUGGCGAUAUGAUGAUUGUACCACAACAAGGUCGUCUUGAUAUCCAGACAGAAUUCGGCAGAAUGAUGGUCCGCCCAGGCGAAAUUGCAGUAAUCCAAGCCGGCAUCCGCUUCCGUGUGUCUCUACCCGAUGGUCCCAUCAGAGGCUACAUCCAGGAGAUCUUCGGCAGUCACUACGAGCUACCCGAACUUGGACCAAUAGGUUCAAACGGCAUGGCUCUCCCCAGAGACUUCGAAACUCCAGUCGCAUCUUUCGACAUCGACAUCUCGUCUUGGCAAAUAGUUUACAAACUCGCAGGGCAACUAUACACCUGUACGCAAGAUCAUACACCAUUUGACGUUGUAGCUUGGCACGGGAAUUACGCUCCGUACAAAUACUGUCUGGAGCGCUUCAUCAAUUCCGCUACGGUGGACAGGGAACAGAGCGAUCCGUCUAUCUACUGUGUUUUGCUUGCAAAAAGCAAGGUUCCAGGGGUGAAUUUGACGGAGUUCUUGGUGUUUACGGAGAAGUGGGCUGUUACGAAUGAUACGUUUCGUCCGCCGUAUUAUCAUCGUAAUGUUAAUACGGAGAUUAUGGGUAUGGUGUAUGGGGAGUGGUAUGGGACUAGUCAUCCGCUUGAGCCUGGUGGAUUGAGUUAUGAGCCGGCGUUGAUGCCGCAUGGUGAGUCGAUUGAGAAGUGGAGAGAGGCGACGACUGCGAAGUUGGAAGCUCAGCGUGUAUCUAAGGACUCUAUUGCUUUCAUGUUCCACAUCCAUCCUCAUGUUGCAGUCACCGAAUAUGCAUUGAAACGAUGCCCCAACAUGUAUGUUGCGCCAGUUGAUAUGUGGGACAACAUACAAGGCGGCUUCCUUGAUCACUUGGAGCGAAUAGAUGAGGAUCUCAAAGCAGCGGGACUACCUGCCUUGGGCUUAGAAAGUUCUUUGAAGACGAAUGGUAAGCAUGUGAAGGGAGAAGGAGAGGAAGAGACAACUACAAAUGGGGUAAAGAUUGCAGUUGAGAAUGGACCGAAAUAGUUGCACUGGUGUGGGAAUGGGUUUUCCUUGUGUCUGAGAACCUGGCACGGUAGCGAGGUGGCUUUUCAUGCGCCUUGGAUGGAUACAGCACAUCAAUCAAGUUACUGAGAUAUAUAAUUUACAGACCAUGUCUCAAUGAAUUUGACAUGU